AUGAAAUUGGAGCGAAGCAAAACCUACACCGAUGAGAAGACACCUACGAAACAGAAAUCAAAAGAUUCUGGUGCGAGAUACCGGCCAUCCGCUCCUGGUGCGACCCGAGACGUCGAAAGUUACGUGCCCACGGGGGUCAGCGGAAGCUCCUUGACCUAUAGCCCUAGCAAAAUUGACAGGCGAGCCAACGGUGCUGAGCACGCUGCUGGAUACGUCCCUACAGUUAAGGAAAAGAGAAUUGCGAUUACGAGGGGAGCGGAACAGUACGUCCCUUCGAAAACGGCAUCCUCAAUGAAGGCUACUUACGUCCCCACAGAGAUCAACACGAAAUCCGCUUCGAGAACUCUCAAGAUUUCGAAAACAGCCACCUACAAACCUAGUCGGAAGCAGUCACCCGAAGUGAAUGAGUACGUGCCAGCGGGUGGGACUUCGGAGGCGACAUCAGGAGUCUCUUACAAACCCACAAUGAAAAGAACGAAUAGACUGGGAGCAUCCCCAGACACGAAAGCAAAGCACGAUGAGGCAUAUGAGCCCUCCGGAGUCACUGAUUCCAAGCUACAAUAUCGUCCCUCGCAAAUCACGACGCUUACGAGUCAAAACACAUUUUCCCCGGAACCUCCGCUCCAACUUCGCACCGUCAGACGUAAACGUACGGAAGCGUCACCGGAGAAAACAGACGCACAAAAAAGACUUCGACACAACAAAGCAUCAGCCCCCGAGAAGUGUUUGAUGUCUGACUUGAUGUUCGGCUGGACAAAAGAGAACCAAGAUCGCAUCGACAAGAAAUCCUACUCCGACAAAGAGAUUUCUCUGCUGGAAGCUGAGAUUUCCAGGCUCAGAUCUCUGAAGAGUCUCACCGAAAGUCACAUCAGGUAUCUGUUCUACAAGCUGGAGCACGAAAUACCGUUGGUGGCGGUCGGUGAACCGCUAAGACAGCGACAUGUUUUGUUCAUGAACGAGCAAAGCGCUCUCCUCGACAAUGCCAUCCCAAUUACGGCGGUAUCUCCGACACAGCUCGAUCUCAUAAGGAAACUAUGCAUGGACCAUUUCAAUCAGGAGCACGGAUUCAACAUAUUGUACGUCGUGCGAGUGCUCCUGCCCGAGGUGAUCAUUCGCAUGCAUAUGCUCGUCCAUGGCACUUCAUACGAAGAGAGUGAUAAGCAAACAGAUAUAGGGCUCGUUGACUUGAACAAGGCCCAAUCUCGCCGAAGUCAGAACGUCAUGGAUCGUAUCCAGCAGACCAAGUAGAAAGUAGUCAAUUGUCCAGCUCUAUGAUCUGGUAGUGUUUCGAGGCGCUCCUGUUAUAGCCCGAAUUGCCAUUCCGAGACCGCUCUUGUUUCGCGGUCGCAGUGGAUCAGUCUUUCAUUCUGAUAGCGUUAGUAAUAUUAACCCUCGAGCGUCCCCUCCCCGAAAAAUCAGUUUCCGAUUCGGAGAGUGCCUCAGAGGUCCGGUGUGCCCUGGUUCGCGGAGCUGGAUCUCGAGCUCCGUUGUUCAGACAUCAUAGUGAUCCUGCGAUGAAUAUCUCAAAUGCUCAAGUAUAUAAUGGGACGGUUUCGAUUUGGAAACCGAGCAUGAGCUCGGAGCUCUUGGGAGAGAAUCGCCUUACUACACUUAUGGAAGCACAAUCUUAGUUUGCUCAUAAUAAAGUGCUCAUA